AUGUCAGGUGGAUAUGAGAUUCAUGAUAAUGAUGAGAGGAGCGGAAGGAGUGAGGAAGAGGCUGAAGACACUUCAAUGGGAUCUUCUCAGAAUAAGUGCUCAUCGUUUGACUUGAAUGAAGAAGCUAGUAGCGAAGAUAGUAAUUAUAAUGAUGAGGCAUGUGAACUCAAAGCUGAGGGAUAUGAGAAAGCAAAAGAUGAAGGCACUUCAACUAAUAGAAGCAGUGCAACAAGAGAAGGAAAUGAACGAAGAGGUGGUGUUAGACAAUAUGUUAGAUCAAAGAUGCCUCGCCUUCGGUGGACUCCUGACCUUCAUCUCUCCUUUGUGCAUGCUGUUGAAAGACUUGGCGGUCAAGAGAGAGCAACGCCUAAGUUGGUGCUUCAGUUAAUGAAUGUGAGAGGACUCAGCAUUGCUCAUGUCAAGAGUCACUUGCAGAUGUAUCGAAGCAAGAAACUUGACGAGGCUGGGCAAGUACUAAGUCCAACAUACAGAUCAACCCAUGAAGUAGGUCGUAUUUCUCAUGUAGCCAAGCAGUCCAUGAUUCCUCAUCAAAAUUUCAAGAUGGGAAAUGGUGGAAUUAUUCUAACAAGUAAUUGCAACGAGCAUAGCUAUUUUCAGGGUCUCCUUCAUCCCUCCACCCUAUCACAGUCACAUGCAAAGGCCAUCGAUACAAGGCACCAGCAAUUGUACUUCAAUCAUCAACCUUUUAGAAGACCAAGUUACCUAAGCAAGGAAGUUGUGUCUUCAACAGCCUUACAAACUCAAGGAAGAUCAAUAGCUUCAAGCCAAAUUCAAGUAAUGGAUACGACCAGGAUUGCACCCAUGAGACCAAGCCAAUUUCUUGAAGAGAAAAAGUGGCCUCCAUUAGAAAUUUUGAACAAUCAUCUUUGGAAGAAAAGUUCACCUACCAAUAUUACUGCAAAUACAGGGUCACAAACACAAUCUGUUGUACAUCAAUUUGGCACCACUCCUGCAUCUCUUAGAUCACCUGAGUUAAGCUUUCGAAACAACACAAGAAUCAGGGAACUUCUAUCAACUUCCAAUGAGCAUCGCAACUAUUCCAACAGUUUAAAGCUAGAAUUUGAUCCCCCAUUCCGGAUUAAGUUGAAUCAAGAAAAAUUACAAAAAGAUAAGAAAUGGGUGCCUGAUUUGCAAUUAAGUUUGAGUCAGAAAGAUGGGAACAAUGAUGGCAAGACUGAUCAUUGCAGAGAAACCCAAGAAAUCAGCACUAAACUUUCACUUUCUUAG